GCUGAGUGCCAGCUGUCAGUCAGUCUGUCACUCAAAGCUGUAGACCAAGCUUUCAAACUGCCUUAAGUUCUUUUGCACUGUGCUGUUUCACUGUGUUUGAGACAGACGAAGAGGUGUUAGUUUGUGCCGAAGAGGACUAACUUCCAAUUGGUCAACAGGAUGCAUCUGGUUGUAGAACCUAUUCAGAAGGCUAUAAUGAAGAUGAUACCGUAUUUUGUGGAGAAUGCUGUAUUGACCCAGAGUGAGAUCAAUCGCAUCCUGAGUGAGAGCUUCUUCAUGGUGAAGGGUGCUGCUCUGUUCCUGCAGCAGGGCAGCGGUCAGCAGGGCUACAAAGCACAUCCUCACCACAAACAUGCAGGUGACUUACCUCAGCACCUUCAGGUGAUGAUAAACAUUAUUCGCUCGGAGGACAGAAUCAAACUGGCUGUGCGGCUAGAGAGUGUGUGGUCAGAUCGUGUGCGCUACAUGGUGGUUGUUUACACCAGUGGACGGCAGGACACAGAGGAGAAUAUCCUUCUGGGAAUUGACUUCACCAACAAAGACUGCAAAAGCUGUUCAGUUGGCAUGGUGCUGCCUCUGUGGAGCGAUACAAAGAUCCGUUUGGAUGGAGAUGGGGGGUUUACAGUGAACACUGCGGGUCGGACUCAUGUCUUCAAACCUGUGUCAGUGCAAGCUAUGUGGUCAGCUCUACAGGUUCUGCACAAAGCAUGUGAGGUGUCACGCAGGUACAACUACUUCCCUGGGGGUAUAGCGCUCACCUGGAUUGGUUACUACGAGAGCUGCGUAGCUUCAGAACAAAGCUGCAUCAAUGAGUGGAACGCCAUGAAGGAUUUGGAAACCACACGACCUGACUCACCCCCCAUGUUUGUCGACAAGCCUUCUGAGCGGGAGAGGACAGAGUGCCUUAUUAAAGCUAAACUCAGAAGCAUUAUGAUGUGCCAGGAUCUUGAGAAUGUCACAUCUAAACAGAUCCGCACAGAAUUGGAGCACCACAUGAACUGCAAUCUGAAGGAGUACAAAGAGUUUAUUGACAAUGAAAUGCUGCUGAUCUUGGGUCAGAUGGACAAAGCUACACUCAUCUUUGACCACGUUUACCUGGGCUCUGAAUGGAAUGCAUCUAAUUUGGAGGAGCUGCAAGUUUCGGGGGUGGGCUAUAUCCUCAAUGUCACCAGAGAGAUAGAUAACUUCUUUCCAGGCACGUUCAGUUAUCACAACGUGAGGGUCUAUGAUGAAGAGGCCACUGACCUGCUGGCACAUUGGAAUGAUACAUACAACUUCAUAGUUAAAGCAAAAAAGAACCACUCAAAGUGUCUCGUGCACUGCAAGAUGGGUGUCAGUCGGUCUGCCUCCACAGUCAUUGCUUAUGCCAUGAAGGAGUAUGGCUGGUCGCUGGAGAAAGCUUACAAUUUUGUCAAGCAGAAGAGAAGCGUCACACGGCCCAACCCAGCUUUCAUGAGACAGCUGGCCGAGUAUGAGGGAAUCCUUGAUGCCAGUAAGCAGCGUCACAACAAGCUGUGGCAUCCAGAUACAGAUUGUGAGAUGUCAGAUGGACAACAGAUGUUGGCACAGUGUUGUGGUGAAGAAGAGGGGACCCCAGAGGCGGGAAUGUCGCCGUGUUGUGCAGAGGCUCUCUCUGAUAAGGGGGCAGCUUGCCGUUCCCCUGGCAGAACUGUGGCGCUGGAGAUUGACCCUGCUUACAACAACUACUAUUUUCGCCGCCUCUCUGACUCAGCCUUAGACAGUGAGCCUUCAACACCUGUGCGCGGUCCUCCUGUUCCUGGCAUGGACAAAGUCUUCAUAGAAAUCGAGGAUGUGGAGCGUGAUGCUCUUCUUGAUGAUGAGGCCUUUGAUGGGCAUGAAGGUCUGCCGCUACCUUGCUUUGGGACUAGAGCAGAGGGUACGGCUGCCCAGACCUGCUGCCGUGGUCCUGAUCCGCUGGAGGAGCUUCGUCUCAGGCUUGAGUUUAGCACAGUAGAGGAGGAGGAUGAAGAGGAGAUGCAAAAAGAGGAGGCAGAGAUGGACAUACUCGUGCAACCAGAUGACAGGGGAGGUGACAAAGACGUUGGAAGAGAGGAAGCUCACGAGUUGGAGGUAGAAAGAGAUUUUGAGGGUAAUGGGAUGGAUCUGGCAAGCCUCAAUAACAAUUCUAACAACAAUAAUCACUUGAGCGCCCCGUGUAACCUCAAUGGAAGACCUCCUUCUAUUCCUCUUCAAGCUGACACUUCUCCAAGGUCUUGGUGGGAUUUUCAGUCUAACCCGAAAGAAGAUUCUCCAAGCAUGGUUUCCAAGCUUUGCCUUAAAGUCACCCCUCUUGAAGUCCCAAGUGCUUCAUUACCACUACCCCAUACCUCAUGUGAUAGUUUCUCUUCUUCAGAGGGACAGCGGCACCACUGUGGCCCUCUGUGUGACCAUGCCAAAUGUCCUUCCACACUGGAUACUAACAGAGCAGAGCAGCCAAGAGAGCGUCCACAUGUAACGGAGCCUGAGGUGAGCUGGGAUUUGUUGCAAGCAAUGAGAGAAAAUGAGAAGAGGCAGUCUAUAACAGCCUCAGAAGAUCUCCCUGAGUUGAUGAGAUUGGAUUUACAAGAAGAGAAUCCUGCAGUGGCCUCCUCUCUAGCCCAGCAAAAUGAAGGUCUUUUAGAACUGCGAACAUCUGGCCUGGUACGCCGCCAUGCCGAGAGACUAGAGAGACUGUCAGGUUUAUCCAGGGAGAGCUUGCAUUCUAUGAAACCUUUGCAUGCCUGCCAAAGGUCCAAGAAAAUCAGUUUUUUAAAAGAGGAAGAACAGGAGAGCUCUGGUUUUACUGGGGAUGUCUCAAAAUCCUCUGCACCAUGCCAAGUUCGGUUAGAACCACUGGUGCUUCCUCUGACCAAUGAAGCCUUGUUAGGAGUAGUGGGAUCUGGGUUGCUCUCACCCACCUCAUCACCUCAUGGCUCCACCUUGACGCGCAGCUCUAGCAGUGACAGUCUACGCAGUGUAAGGGGGAAACCUGGUCUAGUGCGACAAAGGGCGCAGGAGAUUGAGACCCGCAUGCGCCUGGCUGGUCUAACUGUAUCCUCAAGGCUCAAGCGGUCCAACUCGCUGGCCAAGUUGGGCAGCCUGAAUUUGUCCUCUGAGGACCUAUGUUCAGUCUGUUCAUCAGAUGCUGGCACACUACUGCUCUUCUCACUGUCCCCAGAGCCAGACCCUGGAUCAGAGUGGAACUCUCCCAACACCUCAGCUCAGCUCCAACCACGCAAGGACUUGAACACUCCAGAGAGAGCACUGCCAGCUGAUCCUAGAAGCUGACACCCCAAGCAGAGAUCAUAUAUACUGCACCAAUCCGCUUCUUGCUCACUGUGGAGAGUCCGAGAGAGUUGUACAGCUUCUGUAAGGGAGAGGAUCUGUGGACAUA